AGAAUGGGAUGUCAUGAACAUUCCUGGGGGUGUAAUGGCCAGGUGUCCCAAUACUUUUGUCCAUUGUGUGUGUGUGUGUGUGUGUGUGUGUGUGUUAAAUUUCUAGAUAUGGACCUAAGAGCAAACGUGGACUAUCUGGGGGUCCCUGAGGACCAGGUUGGAAAACACUGGAUUAGAGGAUACAUUUAUCCAGUGUAGGGUCUUUGCCAGCCCAGAGCUGAGCACAAAUAUAUGCAAUUGACAAUUCAGACAAUGGUCAAGAGCCAAUUUUAGCUGCAAAAAGCUUAAAUGUAACAAUAUAAUUGGAUUUCUGGUAGCAUAAGUCAUGAUAUUGUGUUUCUUUUGUAUAUAUCUCAUUCUACACUGCAUGCUACCACGUGUUAAUUGCUGAAAAGUUCAGUAAAGCAAAAGUGUAAUUUGAAUAUUUCCUUUGUUUUAAUGCUUCCCAAAAUAAGAGGGCAAAUAAAAUGAAAUCUAAAAUAUAUAGAAUGUGUGAACUAUACUCGUUUUAUGGCUUGGAUUUUAUGAAUGUAUGGAACAUAGUGAAAUAGCGAACAUUAAUUAUGGUGUUAUACUGCAUUGAUUUAGCCAAAAUACUUAAACAUAUAUGAUACGCACAUGCACAACACAAGCAGUUCAGAGGUGUUAGAAUAACCGCACGUCUGGACUGUAGGCGGAAGCUACGGUGUCACGGGGAGAACAUGCAAAUUACCUACGCCGGGCACGCGCGCGUGCACGCGCAGGGCUGAGAGGCUGGAUUUGAAGUCCCAACCCUGGAAGUAGGAAGAAACAGUCCUGACAAAGAGUAGGUGAUCAUGUCCCAGUCACCUAAAGAAGAUGCUGAGAAAGAAAAGGAGAGAGGUGCUCGUCCCAAGGUUAGACAAAGCCGUUCGGUGGAUAGACGAGAGGUUGGCUGGAGGAACAAAAGUGUAAGGGUUAAGAAAAAGGAGCGAAGCGUCAACAGUGAAACUCAGGUGCGACCUGCCAGUGAUGGCUUUGAAUAUGGGCAGCUGAUGAGCGAUAGUCAGUGCUGGAACACAGAGUCUACCAACCCUUUUGGAGAACCAAGAUGGCAAGACCCAGAAACUGGCAAGCUGCACCUUGGAAAAAAUUGGGGUGGGAGUGAAGCAGCACGUAGUGCUGCAGAAGGCAAGCCAGCUGGAGGGAGUCGCUCCCUCCGACAGAAGAUCCAGGAUGCAGUGGGGCAAUGUUUCCCUAUUAAAACUUACACAACCUCUUUACCUCAGGGCCCCCCUACUUCCUCCUGCUCAUCCUCAUCUAUCUCUUCAAAUCGUAAAAUUCACCUCAGCGAGCUCAUGCUGGACAGCUGCCCUUUCCCUGCAGACUCGGAGUUAGCACAGAAGUGGUACCUGAUCAAGCAGCACACUGCUCCCAUCACCCAACCAACUUUUCUGGACACUCUGGGUGGGGCAACAGCUGGCAGCUCAGUCCAGGCUUCCUUGGUGGAAGAUGAGGACGAUCGAUUACGUGAACGGCGCCGGAUAAGCAUUGAACAAGGUGUGGAACCCCCGCCCAAUGCCCAGAUUCAUACCUUUGAAGUAACUGCACAAAUAAACCCAUUGUACAAGUUGGGGCCCAAGUUGGCACAUGGUAUGAAUGAGCUUGCAGGAGAUGAUCGUGCCACCCUUCAACAACAACAACAACAACAACAACAGCAGCAGCAACAACAACAACAACAACAACAACGGCUCCUUCUACAGCAGCAACCACAAAAUCCGCUUCUUUUGCAGAACUGCCUAGAUACAGCUGAUAAAGUUAUUGUGUCCCCUGUAACCUCAUCAUCUCAUUUUGCUGCCGGUGAUUUAGAGGUAACAACUGUAACUGCAGACAGAGCUAUGAUCCAAGAAUUUGAGCACUCUAAAUCUAAGGACUGCUAUCGGGUUCAUACACAAAUUGAUUAUAUACAUUGCCUGGUUCCAGAUCUCCUGCAAAUCACUAAUCUCCCCUGCUACUGGGGUGUGAUGGAUCGCUAUGAGGCAGAGAUCUUGCUUGAAGGCAAGCCUGAAGGCACUUUCCUGCUUCGUGACUCUGCUCAGGAGGAUUAUCUGUUCUCUGUCAGCUUUCGCCGUUAUGGCCGUUCGCUACAUGCCCGCAUUGAGCAGUGGAACCACAACUUUAGUUUUGAUGUCCAUGACCCUAGUGUUUUCCACGCUUCCACUGUCACAGGACUGCUUGAACACUACAAGGACCCCAACUCUUGCAUGUUUUUUGAACCUCUGUUGUCCAACCCUAUCAACCGCACUCAGCCUUUCAGUCUGCAGCACAUCUGCCGGGCUGUCAUCAGCAGCCACACCACUUAUGAUGGUAUUGAUGUAUUGCCUCUCCCCAGUGCCCUUAAGGAGCACCUGAAGGAGUAUCACUACAAGCAGAAAGUACGCGUCCGACGGCUAGACACAUGGUGGGAGUAACGUCCUCGACAACAUUCCUCUUUUUUGUUGGGUUAACCCUUCAUCACUUCUUCCUUGUCCCUCUUGGCAUCCUCAGGUGUAUCUCUAAGAGGAUGGACAUCAAGAAUUGGUUCUCACUUUUAAUGCUUGGUGGUAGAUUUCAGUAAAACCCUUUGAUAAAAUAACUUUGGUUCAAUAAAAUGUCUAACAUUUAUCCAGUUACCCUAAUUGUCUGCAAUGCGGGGAGAACAUAGAGAUCCCACCAAGAGUGGAGGUGCAAUUUGAACCCCUGUUGCUUGAGAUGUGAGUCAGCAGUGCUGGCCAUAUUACCACCCUCAUUAAGAAGCAUUUUGUUCAGAGAAUUUAGGUAGCAGAACAAAACUUAAUAUGACAUACUUUUUCCCAUAUGUAGGGAAUCAGCUGAUCUUUGGUGCAAGGUACAGCAGCACACUGAUUUAGUUGGGUUGCAGAGACCCACAAGUUGUUCUUCUGGUACCUGAUGUUUUCUUUAGCAGUGCUUCCAUGUUUUUUUUUAGUUAAAAUUUCCUUAAUUUUCACUGUGAAAUGAAAAAUCAAGUGCAAAGCAGACUGCAUCUUCAGCUCAGUGUGAUACUGUUUUUUUUUUAACCGGUAAUUCAUCAUUUUUGAAUAAGGUAAUCAUUAAUUGUUUUUCCUAUAAAGUGCAACUUGUUGGUACUAGGCUGCCCUGAGUCUCUGGAGUUUCUACAAUAAUCAGGGUUUACUGUAUGUCAAUUGUAUUGCCAUUCAAUAAGAGUUGUUAUACCUUUCAGAAUACAGUUAAAGAAAAAUUCCAUAAUACCUUCCCAUAUGAAAUCCAUGUUCCAGUAGACUGAACCCCAAACCUUUAUUUCCCACUGAAAUACUAAUAUUAUGAUAAUUCUAUUAUGAUGUUAUGCAACUGUAUAUUAUGGUAGAACGUAUGUGUAAUUAUUUUUCUUUAAAAACAUUUUUGCCUUAAGAUGAAAGGUUUUAAUGGGUUAUGUGGAGGGUGGUCAUUUAACUCCUUUUAAAAUAUGUUACAGCUCGGUGCCUUUUUGCCAAUACAGAUUACGAUGGGAGCAAUCUUUCUUGCAAGUCUUAGAUUGAAACAUUCAUUUUGGAUGAUUGUAUUAAUGAAAGUACUAUUAAUCAAAAUACUAGUCAUCGCCAUCUGCAAUAGUUCCUUUUUACUGUACAUUUUAUAUGUAUGUCUGUACAGUAAAAGCUGAUUAAAUGCAAAGAUACUAAUACUGGAUGGAUGCUAGCACAAACACAUGUGACCAUUUCUUUUUGUAUCUUGUCUGUCGUAUCUGUAUCAGUUUAUUUUGAAAAUGGUAUUUACUUUCUAGAUCUCCAAAUAAUUUUAGUUCAUUACAUGCAGUGUUUCCAGUGUGUGUGUGUGUGUGUGUGUGUGUGUGUGUGUGUGUGUGUGUGUGUGUGUGUGUGUGUGUGUGUGUGUGUGUGUGUGUGUGUAUAGUAUAUAAUAUAGUAAAAAUGAAAAACCUUUCAUUUUCUUGUGCUUUUCUGAAAAUAUUUCAGAAUAUUUGAAAAGUCAGAAUCUUGUUGAGUUGAACCUCAUAGAAUAUUUACAUGUUUACAGAUAUAAAAUGAACAUGCUGCCCAACCCAUUUACUAUAUGAUUUUAUAUUUGUGUUUAUAAAUCCAGUUGUAGAUGUUGCUUUUGGUUUACAAAAGACUUAAAUUGCAUGUACAGAUGCAAGAUGGGCGUAGGGGAAUCUCAGAUUCUUGCAUCUUUUGCAUACUUCAUGAUCAUUAUUCAGUAAGGAAUAAUAGAACUAAAUGAAAACUUAAUCUGCCCAUCUUUCAUUGCAUGUUCUCUUUCCAGUGCCAGACUUGCCAGCAAACAUUCUACCGAUUAAAUGGCAAUAUGUAGAAUUGA